UCUAUAGUCGUGUGCAAUCUUUGUCAACAUCAACACAUCGUGACAAUUAUAAGCUACACAACGCGCAGAAAUACACGUAGCCACGUAGGUACCUGUGGGUAGGCGACGACAUUGUUAUUAAAUUAUUAUGUCGUAAACACUGAGAAAAAAGUAAAAACAUUGUAAAUUGCACGCAGUCUGAUAUUCUGAUGGGCAUUUCGCGAGGAAAAAACAAAUUCAGAGGCGGCCCACCCGACGACCAAGGCUGACUGAUAACACUGGUCGGCAGGUGGCGGUGGCGGCGACGGCGGCGGCGGCGCAGUGGUGCCACCCGGGGCGGCCGCAGUUCAGUGAUCCGACGGGGGCCAUGAACACAACCGCAGACGUCGAGCCCAGCCGCGGUCCAAUCGAAGAUGUAAUCAAAAGGCUGACGAGAAGUCGAGGAAUUGGAUCGCUGCUGCCGUUUUCGUCGUCGUCGUCGUUUGCGUUUAUGGAUUAUUCGACAAUGAAUAGCUGACAAAAUGUUGCAGAUCAAAAAGGAAUCUAUUAAAAGGGAGAGCCCCGAGGCCCCUACUCCUGAUAGUACAACUGUUGAAAGCAAGAGUUAUAUUUGUGGAGAAGAAGUAUUGGUUCAUUUAAAUGAUGAACGAUUUUAUUUAGGAUUUAUAGCAAAAUUGAGGUAUAAAGAAUCUAAAUGUUUAGUUAAGUUUGGUGAUAAUACAGUAAAAUGGGUAUUCUUAAAAAAUGUUACACGGAUGACAUGUACGAGUACGACUACCCAAUUUUGCAAUGUGUGCAAUAUCGAGGCUAUGCCAGAUGAUAUUUGUGUAUGUGAUAAAUGUGCUAAUGUAUACCAUCGUAAAUGUCACAAGCCGGAAGUUGAAGUUACAGAUAUUACUGUAUGGAUAUGUUUUCAAUGUAAGGAAAAACAACAGAUUAAUAGACUGCAAGUUACAAAUUCUGUAUCGAGCACAAUUGUUCCAAAAGUUGUUAAACUACCUUAUGAUUUGAACGCUUUACAAUGGGAUAUACAUCACCGAAUUAACAAUUUAGGAACCUAUUGCUAUUGUGGAGGACCGGGUGACUGGUUCAUAAAUAUGCUGCAAUGUGGUAAAUGUUUACAAUGGUUUCAUGAAAAAUGUGUCACUUCAUUGAUAUAUCCUCUGUAUCUCGGCGAUAGGUUCUAUGUCUUUUUGUGUUCAGUGUGCAAUGUGGGUACAGAAUUUGUACGUCGUAUUGAAUUGGAAUGGUCAGAUUUAGUUCAUCUUGCUCUUUUUAAUAUGACAGCUUAUAAACCACAGAAAUAUUAUGAUGUGGACAUAAAUAUACUUCCAUAUUUAGAUAACCAUUGGACUUCAAUGUAUCUACCUCCUAAAAUUCUUAAUGUUCCUGUUGAUGACAGGAAAGUUUAUGUUGUCAAUUCCCUGCUCAAAGACACCAAUCAUAGGUUUGAAUUCCAGGGUAAAAAACCCACCAACAUGUGGGGACUCCGACUGAAGUUGCCACCUAAGCCCCCACGUUUUACGUUACCCGCAGAAGUUCCAAUUAAUGAGAAUCUUUUGCAUCACCAAUUGCGCAAUAAACUUAACCUCAAUAUAUUACCACCUCCAAAAAAGACUGAUCUUGUAAUAAAUGAACGACUUACUGAGUCAAUGUAUUCAGUGGAAGGAUUGAAAUUUUUACAUCAAGAUUCACAUGUUGUGAUGUUACCAAAAGGCCUUCCAUCAAUUGGACAUAAUGUAUGUAUUAAAAGUGCCAGUCCAAUUGUACCUGUUCCAAGAUCUGUAAUUGAAAGACGGAUUAGGCAACAACAAAUAGAGACAAAUAAACGAAGUUCUCGAAGUUCGAGUGUGGUUACUAAUAAAGUUAAAAAAUCAAUAAAAAAAGAAAAAGUUCCUGAAAGCCGAUCACCGUUCGAUCUCAGUUCAACUGAGAGCACUCCAGAAAAAUAUAUAUCGGCAUCUGAAGAAGAACUGACUAGUGAAGAUGAACCAGAUGAUGAUGAAGACCUUGAUGACGAAGAUGAUGUUGAUUUGUUGCGUACAACGGACCUUCAAAGCCGCCGUAGUCAGAGACUUAGACUUAGUGUUAACCGUUUAUUAAAUGGACGGCCUAUAGCUAGAUCAUCGCUUCCUCGUGAGACUCGUUCUGCUUCAUCAAUUACUUUACCACUUUCUUUAGCACCUGUAAUUACUCAACCCCAAGUUCGCACUACCAAACGACGUUUAAGUGAAAAAGAUUUGCGCGUUGAUCGUAAUGGACAGUAUUUAGUUAAACGUAAGAGGUUACGUCGAAAUGGCUUACAGAAUAGCAGUUCGACUCCAACAAAACGCCAAUCUAAGACCAACUGUAAUGGUCGCCCAAUGUAUAAAUCUUAUUCAGAUUUCUUUGCAAAUCACAGUCACUCUGUAAAUAGACCUUGUUCACCUGAGAAUGCUGUAGACUCUACAGCUGAUCUCAAAACUCUUGUACAUUCGUAUUUUGGUGCUAGUAAUAGAAUUGCUAAUGGUGAAGAAUAUACUAUAUUAUGCAAAAGAACUAACCCAGAUGGGUCAGAAGAAUUUUUAAUUAGAUGGGACUAGUAUAUUAUUCUAUAUAAUCGUAAACAUUACAAUAUGAUUUUUAAUAUAUAUUUCAAAUUCCCAUAGAAAGAAAAUACAAUGUUAUUACAAUUAAUAACAAAUUUUAAUGAUGAUUGUGUAAGCUGUUAUGCAUCUAUAUUCUGUUACUAUUACCAAACUUAGUAUUUUACUGUUAUUAUCAACGUUCCUGCUUUGAUUCUUAAUUUCCUAUUCAUAGCUAUUGUGAUGAGAGUUGUAUUAAAUUUAUAUUGUUACAAUCAAUAUUAUAUUUUUGAUGGAAUGUUGGCAAUAAUUAGUUGAUACAAAAAUGAUUCCUAUAUACUAACGUGUAUUAAUAAAAAUACAUUGGAUUUGGCUCAGUUUUAUACCAUUCAACAUUAUCUAAACACAUUUUAGUUUUAUUCUGAAUAAAUUGUGUUUUGGAUACUGUUUUUUAAAAAUUAUAACUAUAUCUAUUGUUCGGCACAAAUUUGUUAUACAUUUGAUGCCUAUAAUAAUUUCCUACUACUUAUUAAUUACUUUCAUAAGCUAUUGAAUGUGUACGGUCGCACAAGGUUUUAAGUAAAAAUUUAAAAAAACAAGCGAGGAAAAAAGAACAAGUUGUAUUCAUUAUUAUUAUAUAUUUUUUAACUUAAAUUGUGUUCAUAUUUAUAGUUUAGUGAUAUUGGCGCAAUAGCUAUGGUAAUUUUUUGGGUGAAAUUACCACAUCACAUUUUACUGGUCCUCAACCCAUCCCAAAGUUAUAUAAUUUUCUGAUUUGGUAAUUUAAAAUUGUUCUUAAAAAGUUAACUUAAUUGAAUAUGAAAAUACAUAAUCCCAUUAAUAUUAUAUUUAUUUAAUAUAAAACUAUUGUAAUAAAUUUAAAUAGAAAAAAUUGUUUAUGAUUUAAGGGUGUAAUUCAAUUGUUUAUACCUAUACUGAUGGGUUAUCUAGUAUCAUGUAGAUAAAUUUAGUGUAAUUUGUACCUAUGAAAACAUUUUUAAUUUUAAUCGAUGUAAAGAAUUGUAUGAGUUAAGACUGAAACAUGUGUCCAAAACGUGAAAAUGAUUAUUUCUGGUAGCGGUAGGUCAUGGCAUUUGAGAACUUUAAAAAUAAGUGACUUUUUUAUGGGUAGUUAUUAUAAAAUGUUCUAGUGUUUUGUUCAUACAUUCUAUGGGUUUGAAAUUGUGUUGUAGAUCUCGAAAUUUUUUUUUUAAUGCGUUUUGUAUUGUUUUGAAUUUUAUUCCCCAUAACAUUGAUAUUUUUAACAUCUUGGGGAAUUUCAUAAAGAUAUAUACUCUUGUCCACCAUUUAAAUUAAUUUUUCUUAAGAAACAUAUUUCAAUUUGUGAUGAUAUUUUGAUAUUUUUCUUUACAUAUAAUUACAUUAAAGUACAAUUUUUUGCCAUACAUAUUAAGCUUGUUCUAUUCGUAUUUAUAACAAAUACGUUUAUAUAUUUUUUUCUAUGAAUGAAUAUUUUUUCUAUGACAGGUUUUUAAGUACAAAUACAGUAACUAUUUGAAAUAUCUUAUAUCAAAUAAUCAAUGUUCUCUUAUGUAAAAUUAUCAAUGAUUAAUUAUGUAAAUUAUCACUGCCAUUGAGAUGACUGUUAAUUAUAUCAUUUAGGCUUUACAUUUUGGUUUGGCUACCUGAAAUUAUAAUUUUAAACAUUUUUUUUUUUAUUUUCUUCGACAUAAAUAUGAUGCAUGUUCCUAUAAAUAUUAUUUUCAAUACAAAUACAUUAAUUUAGUUUUCCAAAUCAUACAUGGUAUGAAGUAAAAACUCAAUAUUAUCUUAAAUAGUGUAUAAUGCAUUUAUUAUCUAUUUAUAAUUUUGUAUGUUUAAUUAAGUCUGCAAUACCGCUUUUAUACCUUAGAACGAAUUAUUAUUAUUAUUUUUUUUUUUGCCCCAAUUUCUUAAUAUAACUAUAAUUAAAAUGUAGUUGUGUAGCCUUAUUAUAGAUGAUAAAUACCUUUUCAGAACCCAAUAAAUCUUAAUGUGUGAUGAUUUAUGAUUAUUUAUUAUAAUAAAAAUAAUUCUUGUCAAUGUAUUUAAAGAAUUUUGUUUUAAAGGAAUUGUGACAUUUAAUUAUAAAGGAUUAUUUAUUAAUAUAUAAACAUGUAUGAAUAUAUAUUUAUAUACAUAUAUUAUUAUGUGAUUGUACCUAUGUAUUUUUAAUAGAAUGUAAGGAAAGGCGUUUGAGGAAUAGAAAUACAAGUUUUUUACUUAUACCUAAUGAAUUAUUCACACUAAAAUAAUAUACAUAUAUUUUGUAUUUAUAUUUCUGCAAUAUGUGUAAAUCAAACAGUGAUUCUAUGAUGUGAAAAAAUAUUUUUACAUCAGUAAUU